AUGGAAGACAGGGGGCCUCCCAAGGGGGGGAAAUAUCGCCACUACGGUGGUAGGGGAGGUGGGCGUCACCACCGCGAUGAUUGGCACAGUCGACAUAACCAUCAUGAUCAUAACCACCGAGAUCAUAACCGCCAUGCCCAUGGCCAUGACCGAGACCGCCGUGACCACGGAGGCAACAGACACUUCUACCGGGGGGACGGUCCCCCCAAUGGCCAGGACAACCCAGUGGAAACGAGAUACAAUAGCGAAAUGGCCAAGCGCAAUGAAAAGAAAAAGGACCAGUUUGAAAGGUCACGCUACCAUUACUAUAAUAGGCGUGCCGAUGAAAACAGCUAUUUUGGCGAGUCGCAGCACGUUGCCAAGACAAGCGAUAAGAGGAAGCACUCCCCGGACAGAACAAGCGACCAUAGUUAUCACACUGGUAAAAGGACAAGGGAAGGAACCAACCAGGGGGAGGAAGAAGAUGUAAGCAGCAGGAACGACAGCCAUGUGAAACGUGUUAAUACUGAAAGGGAGCCCAACCCGCAUGAAAAGCGUAGCAGUGAUGAAGGGGGGAGGAGGAGGGAGGAGAGAAUGAAAAGGGGACACAGUCAUGAGAGGCAUCUGCAGCAAGGUAACGACGAGGAAGAAGACUGGGACGAAUGCGAAAGUGAGGAGUUUGGAAGUGAUGAAGAGAGAAGUGACGGGGGGAGAAGUGACGAGGAGGGAGGCUCCGAAGGGCGAAGCGAUGGACCCUCCAGCGACGGCGAGGCGGUCAAAGCGCAGGGGCUGCUGAACGGGUGCCGGAGCGUGAAGAACUACAGACGACUGAACAAAAUAAGCGAAGGGACCUACGGAGCAGUGUUCCGGGCACAGAACAAAAAGACGAAGAAGAUAGUAGCGCUGAAACAGCUGAAGCACUUUUCGAGCAUGCGCCACGAAGGGUUUGCAAUCACAUCCCUUCGGGAAAUAAACAUACUCCUCCAAUUGUACCAUGAAAAUAUUUUAUCCGUAAAGGAAGUAGUGAUAGGCAAACACCUAAAUGACAUUUACCUAGUCAUGGAAUAUGUAGAGCAUGAAUUGAAAAUUCUCUUGGACAACAAAACCCCGAGCUUCUCCAUCUCGGAACUGAAGUGCCUACUGAAGCAGCUACUCAGCGGUGUUGAUUACCUGCACACCAACUGGGUCAUGCACAGAGAUUUAAAAACGACCAAUCUGCUGUAUAGCAAUAAAGGCGUCCUAAAAAUUUGUGACUUUGGAAUGGCGAGAAAAUUUGGCCAUAUAAACAACCACAACAUUACAAAGAAUGUUGUAACGUUAUGGUAUAGAGCCCCAGAAUUGCUCUUAGGAGAAAGGUGCUAUACAAAUAAAAUCGACAUAUGGAGUGUUGGCUGCAUUUUUGCUGAAAUGAUUCUUAAGAAGCCAUUAUUUAUUGGGGAAAACGAAAUUGACCAGAUUUUAAAAAUAUUAAGUUUGCUAGGUCUACCAGAUAGGGAAGACUACCCCGAAUUUUAUGAAUACUCUUUUAUUUCGAAAAAUAAAGAACUUUUUAAAAAAAAAAAAAUCAAAAUGAACGUCACCAAAAUACGCUCCCAUUUCCCCAAUGUUGCCAACCAGUUCUCGGGCCUAUACUUAUCAGAUACUGGGCUGGACUUACUACAACAGUUGCUGCAUUUUAACCCCAAAAAUAGGAUCUCCGCGGCAGACGCUUUAAAACAUCCCUACUUUAAGGAAUUUCCCAAACCCCUUGACAUAGGCGAUAUGCCCAUCAUCCCAGACACCAAUAAGGUUAUUCGGUCGAAACAAAAGACUAGCCAGUAUAAGCUCAUCGGCCAGAAUAAUAUACGCUUCCAUUCGUAA